CGACCAAUCAGAGACAACCCGGUGCGUCUUUCUAGGAAGUAAACCAUCGCAGAUGGAGGAGUGAAGAAAUCAGCUGCAGCUGAAAGUCACGGAGUGAAAAUGUCUCUGACUGUCCUGACGUCUGCGCACAGGCUGAGCUCCCUCUGCAGACUGCAGAGAAUCCGGGGACACAUGAUGUCAAGUCAGGCGCAACCAGAGGUUCUUCUGGAGAAAGUGGGCAGGGCAGGUGUGAUCACCAUAAACAGACCCAAAGUCUUGAAUGCCCUCAACCUGACCAUGAUCCGACAGAUAUACCCUCAGCUCAAGAAAUGGGAAAAUGACAAAGAGACUGAGCUUAUGAUCAUAAAAGGAGCAGGUGGGAAAGCCUUUUGCGCGGGCGGAGACAUCAGAGCGGUCACAGAAGCUGGGAAAGUUGGAGACUCUCUUGCAGAGGACUUUUUCCGUGAGGAAUACAUUCUCAACAACGCUAUUGGAGCAUGCAGGAAACCAUACAUCGCCCUUAUUGAUGGAAUAACAAUGGGAGGGGGCGUAGGUCUAUCAGUUCACGGACGGUUUCGAGUGGCCACAGAGAAGACGCUGUUUGCCAUGCCAGAGACUGCUAUUGGGCUUUUCCCUGACGUGGGAGGUGGCUAUUUUCUGCCGAGGCUCCGGGGGAAGUUGGGGCUGUUUCUGGCCUUGACGGGUUUCCGUCUCAAGGGACGUGAUGUGCAGAGAGCUGGAGUUGCCACUCACUUUGUAGAGUCUAAAAAGAUCCCAGACCUGGAGAAGGAGCUUGUAGACUUGAAGUCUCCCUCUGCCGAAGACGUAUCCAAAGUGCUUGAAUCGUACCAGAACCAGAGUGGUCUGGAUUCUGAGAAGCCUUUUGUCUUAGACAAGCACAUGUCCGAUAUUGACAGGCUCUUCAGCUCUGGCAGUGUGGAGGGCAUCGUGCAGAACCUGAAGGCAGACGGCUCAGAGUUUGCUAACAAACAAGCCGAGACUCUGUCCAAGAUGUCUCCCACGUCCCUGAAAAUCACCUUUAAACAGCUGCAGGAAGGUGCAACUCUGAGCUUACCGGAGGUGUUGGUGAUGGAGUAUCGACUGAGUCAGGCCUGCAUGAGGGGCUGCGACUUUUAUGAGGGUGUGAGAGCCGUGCUGGUCGACAAAGACCAGAGUCCUCAGUGGAACCCGUCCACUCUGGAGGAGGUGUCAGACCAGACCAUGGAGCAGUGCUUCUCCUCGCUGGGAGAGAAAGACCUCACUUUCUGAUGUCUGUCUUCCCACCUUCAAACAAUACACAGCUAAGCCUUUGCCCAAGCCUCCUGUCCCUUACAUCCCUUUAUGUUCUAGUCAUGUGAGAGGACUGUGGUGCUGAGGAUGAGAUUUUAUGACAAGAACCUACAUAGGUCCUAGAGUUUUACUGCUGCUCCGAAUCUGAUUCAUGUUCAAAGCAAGAAAUCCAAAACAGUAACCGAAGAAGAAGUUGACAGACGGUGUGUCACACAUGAAAAAUGUUUGGUGUAAACUCUGCAGUGGAGUCUGUUUAUUACACGAGCUGUACUUGAAUUUGCAGCACAGCAGCAUUAACGUGAAGAUGACGGAGGAGAAUAUGAUCUCACCACUGAGUGCUUUAUUACAUUUCCUGUGGGUGUUUGUUGAUACGACACGGAUCAGCACCAUCUGUAUUUCUGCUGUGUGGUUCUAAAUCAGAAAAUGCAUCGCCUCCAUGUCUGUAGUUUUUGUCUUUUUACGACCGCUUUCUUCUGUAUUUUCACGCGUUACAGCUGCCGCCGACACUCCUCUGUGUGUGUAGCAUUUCUUGCGGUGUUUAUUGUGUAUGCUAAAUUAGGUGUGGUCACCUGCUCCCGAUGAGGCAUGGUCACCUUCGUCAUCACUUCCUUCACGUCAGAUCACUUCUUGUAUUUCCCUCGGGAUCAGAGAAGUAUCUAUCUAUCUAAAGAACUGGAGAAAUCCUGACUGAAGCAGCACCCAGUCCAGCCCUCCAGUCCACAGGAUGCAAUUUGUGGAACUAGGUUCAAUAAAGUCUAUCUUAUCUUAUCUUAAGUUUGGACAGUCUGACAGUUAUAGUAGCAUUACUGAUCCCACACACACACACACAAAUAGUUAGGGGUGCUGUUAUCCGGUGUUUUUUGAUCAUUUAGUCAAGGUUAGUUAGUGAGGUUUUUCUUCCCUUCUUGGUUUCAUUCAGAUAGUUAAGACUGCUAAUACUUGUUUGUAUUAUUGAUCCUAAUUCCUGACAAUAAAUAACUUUGUUUUCCCAAGUACAA